AAUUGGCGGCCCGGAUACCUAAUGCGGCUAGAACGUUCUUGCAACUCGACUCGUCAAUGUUCUCUUUACUUACGCUGUCGCCUCUAUUUAAUAACGUGUAAGAACAUGCAGAGAGAAUAAUUCCUUACUCGAAACACCAGCUCAUCUUCCCCCCCGAUUCCACGCUCACAAUGACUGUCCCGGAACCUUCCUUCUCCGCGCCUGCCAAAACAGUCAGGUAUCAUGGCUUGUUGUUUGAUAUGGAUGGGACCAUCAUCGACUCCACAGACGCAGUAGUCAAGCAUUGGCAGCAGAUAGGGAAAGAGAUCGGCGUCAAUCCCGAAGUGAUACUUGCUACGUCACACGGACGAAGGUCGAUUGAUGUUCUCCAGAUCUAUGAGCCAAGACUCGCUAAUUGGGACUACAUCAGCCAUGCAGAAGGCCUGAUCCCGAAAAGGUUUGGUCAGGAUGCGACGGAAAUCCCUGGGUCUCGAGCUAUGCUGGAGAAGCUCGAACAACAGGCUGUUCCUUGGUGUAUCGUCACUUCAGGGACACGACCGCUCGUGAGCGGCUGGCUUGAUGUCAUGAAACUGACCCACCCAAACAACAUUGUCACGGCCGAAGAUGUCCAGCAUGGCAAACCUGAUCCGGCAUGCUAUCAAAUGGGAGAGAAGAAGUUGGGCCUUCAAGUAAAAGAACCUUCCAUCGUCGUCUUCGAAGACGCGCCUGCGGGUGUCCGCUCAGGCAAAGCCGCCGGGUGUACAGUGGUUGCACUGUUCACGACUCACACGCUAGAGCAGCUCGUAGAAGCUGGCGCGGAUUACAUUGUCCGGGACAUGCGAAGUGUCAGGCUCAAGUCAUGGGAUUGUACAACAGGCGAGGGACAACUCGAAAUUGUGGAUGCCUUGGUGGUGUAGGCAAACGCAACGACAGAAUAAAAUCUUUCUCACCAAAGUCCGGCUUAUUUUCGCAUGUACAUGUACAGAAUGACUUGCCGGAGUUGUUGCAUGG